GCGUCAUGACGUAGACAGACGCAGAGUGACGUUAUACACACACCAGUUUCUCACUGGAUGUUUAUUGUUUGAGGCAGGACUGCAGUCAACACCAGGUAGAAUGUUGCGGCUUCGCUGUAAGACCAAAAAUGGGAGCCACAUAAUGCAGGGCUUGACUCACCAGUCCUGUGUACAAGAGCUGAAGAGUAAGGUGGAGGAGCUGACUGGGAUCCCAUGUGAUGUGCAGAAAAUUAUGGUCGGUUAUCCACCCAGCAGCCUUGAUCUUCAAAAUGGAGACGCUUACCUCAAAGACUACCCUAUCAAAUCAGGAGACACACUCAUUGUUGAGGAAGACAAAAACAAGCCAAAGCCACCUCAGGAACAACCCACUGUGACUAAAGUACCGCGACUGGAAGCCUCCCCCAUGCUGGCACGUAGAGUCGUCCCAGCAGACAACUCGUGCCUCUUCACCAGUGUGUAUUAUGUGGUGGAAGGUGGUGUGUAUGACCCUGCGUGUGCCCCAGAGAUGCGCGGCCUCAUAGCCCAGAUCGUGUCUAGUGACACCACAGCUUACUCUGAAGCGGUGCUGGGUAAGACCAACGAGGACUACUGCACGUGGAUACGACGUGAUGACACCUGGGGGGGAGCCAUCGAGGUCUCCAUCCUGUCCAAGUUUUACCAGUGCGAGAUCUGUGUGGUGGACACUCAGACGGUGCGAGUGGAUCGAUUUGGGGAGGAUGCUGGAUACCACAAACGCGUGCUGCUGAUCUACGACGGCAUCCACUACGACCCCCUGCAGAAAGAAACGCCCGGCUCUGACGCUCCGCCCCAGACUAUCUUCUCCACCACGGACGACGUAAUCCUGGCCCUGGCCCUCGAGCUGGCGGACGAAGCCCGCCGUAAGCGGCAGUUCACGGACGUUAACCGCUUUGCUUUGCGCUGCAUGGUUUGCCAGCAAGGCCUUGUGGGACAAAAGGAGGCACGUGAACAUGCCAAGGAGACUGGCCACACCAAUUUUGGUGAAGUGUGAACACUGUUUUGUCUUUUUUCCCUCUCACAAAUACAACAUCUACCAGCCCCUUGCCCCACGUCUGGCAACUCUGUUGGUCUUUCUGUCACUCUGCUUGUGUGAUCCUCUACCUCACAUUGUCCAGCGACAUCAUUGGAGAAUCUGUGACACUGUGUCCAGCCUCUAACCUGUUCAGUAUUACUUUGUAACUGCUGGUAAAUCUCAGUCAGGAGGCUACUGCAGUGCUGCGAUGUCUCUAAACCAUCUUUUUUAGUCUAUAAAGUAUGUUUUUAAAUCUGGGUCAACUACAAAAAGCAAACCAUUCUUACGAUUUUUUUAACACUUUCGAUUACCUGAUAGCUGGGUUGUUUACAAAAAAACAAAUGUGUUGUAAAAUCAAUUUACAAAUACUUGCUUGGAUGUACUGAACAUUUAUGUGAUAAAACCUGGCUACAUGGCUCUUGAAAGAGUUUAAGACUUCGAAGAAUGAUUUGCUCUAUGAUGUGAUCCAACUCACUGUUGUCUUAAGUGCAGCACAAAAGGUAUGACUGUUAUUCAUUAUGUCGGUUAUGUAGCAUGUUUUUUGUUUCCUUUGUUGACUGAUAUGUGUCAGAAACUUGUUGAACACUAAAAACGUAUCAUUUUGUCAAAUUUAGACGUGUGAACUGUGCAGAAAGGUUGGGUUUGAAUUUAGCGAGCAGUGGUCAUUGAGACGGAGGUUAUGCAUUUUGAAAUACAAUAUUAAUGGCCAAUUGUGAUCCAAAAUUAGCCUAUCUACUUAUGUGAGACUAUUUCAUCUUUAUUUUUUGAUGUUACAAUAUGGUUCAUCAGUAAUCUUAUUUGAGAUAAGUCAAAAGAAAUGGUGCUGAAAACAUUAAAGUUUUAGUCUUCAUGGGUACAACAGUAUUUCAGGAGUGUGGUUUUCAAAGGUCAUGCUGACAUCCUUUUUUUUAUCCAGUUUGAUUUAUGUUGCUGCAUAUUUUGAAAAAACACUUGGCAUGGUCAUUUGUUUGAUCGCUCAUUCAAGAUUACAAAAAAUGGGGAGAGGGACUCAAAAUCGAACGUGUGAGACUGUGAAUUGCUCUACGAGAAAUCUUGCUGACUUGAUGAAUUAACAAACUAGAAUUGUUCAGCUAACGUUUGAAACCCUAAAGUAUCUUUUGCUAGGGUCUUUGAAAAUAAGUAUUUUCUUGGUUUACUAUGUAGUGCAUUUUAUCAAAAAUAUGAUGUUACACUGUGUGUGUUGCACAAAUGGAGCAUGUUCUCACAUUUCCAGCUGAAGUCAGGCAUCAUCUCUUUGCUCUUCUGAUGAGACAUGCAAUUGUUUCGUUUAAACCAUAGCUCAAAAAUAAUAAAUUAGGAUGCCAGAGUGUAUAAUUGUGGGAUUAUGUUUUCCCUUGAGGCGCAGUGUGUUGUAGCCUCAUGUUGUGCACAUCAGUAUCUGUUAUUCACUUUCUGUGAUGACAAUAUUGGUACAGAGUUGUUGCCAAAAAAUCUAUUUGACAGUGGAGAACUUGGUUAAGAUUCUUUUGUAGAUUUAUCUUACUUAUUUCUUUUUUUAAAUGUGAAUAAAUAUUAUUUUCCCCCUCAUAUUUUACCUUAAGCUAGUUUUAACAAGGAUUUUCUGCCUGCAUAAAAGUGAAAGUAUGAAAUGGCUUUGUUGUGUUUACGAAGAUUUCAUGACUCUUCAAGGACAAAAACAAUGAAUGUUGCACACUAAGCACUACAGAAUAACUGGAUUUACUUGAUUUUUUUCAGUGUUGUGUCACAAUUAAAAGCUAUAGCCAACA